UAUAAAACUGAGAUUUUGAUCGACGGCAUAUAUUACCAAAUUUGGAAAUCUGAAAUAGAACACUGAUGCUAAAUAACUAAGUACACAAGGCAGAUAAUAUGAAUUCGUUUUUAGAAACCUCAACCGAGGCUAAUCGGGCUCAGGAUGAAGGCCAUGAAACAAAUUUGGUGGACCAAAAGAAAUGGGAGCUGGGCUACCUGAAGAAAAAAUGCCGCAAUCUGGAAUUGGAACAAUACUAUAUAUCCUACAUGAACCGUCUGCGCUUAAGUCAUCUGGGAAUUUUCAUAUUUAUUCUAAUACUUACCGCAAUGGUACAUUCAUUGUUGCUUAUAAUAUCGUUUCCUACAAGUGAUCAACGAGAUAUUUACUUAGAUAUAGGAAUUUACAUGGGCUGCACAAUAGUUAUCCUUUUUGUGUUGCUAAUCAAUUUUCGUUUUGCCGCCAAUAAACGAUAUGAUCGGCUGGCGUUCACAACAGUUUGUUUGGCGGUUUCUGCGCUUGUAGUGAUGGAUAUAUCUAUACCCAUCUAUCGCGCCGUCAAAGACUACAACAUUACCGUACCGACGUACUACAGUUUUAUUAUAUAUACCAUCUACAUAUUUAUGCCAAUCGCCGAAGAUUUACAUGCUUUUAUUUUAGGUGUGACUGUAUCAAUAUCCUACAUUAUACUUUUUACGUUCGUGAUAUAUCGUCGUCGGAUUGAUGGUUUGAAAGAAACUGAUUUGCCAAAAAUCAUAUCGGAAGGAAUUUUCUUGGCCUGUGUCAAUAUGUUUGGUCUGUUCUUUCGUCUGACACGUGAAGUGACUAUUCGUACGACAUUUCUCGACAAGCGGCAAUGUGUUGAAGAGACUUUAGUGUUACGAGCUGCUAGAGAUCAAGAGAAAAGUCUACUUUUGAGUAUUAUUCCAGCACAAAUUGCUAAUAAAAUUGAAGAGGACGUGAAAAUACGAAUCGAACAUAUGAAAAAAAAUAAAAACCAUAGACGAUCAGCAAACGAUGAUGUGGGUUCUACGCCAACUCCAUUAUGGCGACAGCUGGAUACCGAAAAGCUCUUUAUUGAGCCACACAAUGAUGUCUCAAUCUUAUAUGCGGAUGUUGUCAACUACACUUAUCUGACUACGACGUUGGAUGUAAAAACUUUAGUGGAGACUUUACAUGAUUUAUUUGUCAAAUUCGACACAGCAUCACAGGAGUACGAUGUUCUGCGUAUUAAAUUUUUGGGCGAUUGCUAUUACUGCGUGGCCGGCGUUCCCAUCCCCAACGAGUACCAUGCCAGAUCGUGCACUUACCUUGGUUUACGUAUGAUCAAAGAUAUACGCGAUGUAAGGAUGAAACGAAAGCUGGAUAUUGAUAUGCGUAUUGGCGUACACUCAGGAAAUAUUUUAUCUGGCGUCAUUGGUGCAAAUAAGUGGCAGUUUGAUAUUUGGUCGAAAGAUGUUGACAUAGCCAAUCGCUUGGAAUCCACAGGCGAGGCUGGCCGGGUGCAUGUUAGUGGGCAAACAUUGCAACAAUUGGAUGGUGAGCUUAUGUAUGAGGAGGGCACUGCGAAGGCACGUGAUGAUCCGGUGCUUCAAAAAUAUCAGAUUCGUACUUUUUUGAUAAAACCGCCAUCCUCAAAAUCAACGUCUUACAUAACGAUGAAACGUCCAACAGCAUCAAUGCGAAAACGUUUGGAACCGAAACAGGGAGCGGAUCCUAGAAGUGAUAUCUCAAUGAACUUUAUGCAAAAUAGCAUAAGUCAAUAUAAUCAAAUUCGUAAUCAAGCAACUUUAGAGAUGAGCCGAGAGGUUGACAAUAUGCCCAUUGGCAGGAUACAGGUUUCUAAAAUGUGCCUUGGACAUGAUAAUCGUUUAACCCAAAACGAAAUGGAUGGACAAAAGUUUCGAAGUAAUAUUACGUCGAUAUUUUUAUUUUUCAAAGACUGUCGCUGGGAGAUUAUGUUCAUGAAGCAGCCAGACAUUAUGCUGAAAUACAGUGUGCUUGUUUCCUACAUAACGCUCUUGUGUACCAACCUAAUGCAGGCGGUCAAUUCAUCUCAAACGUUUAACUUUUGGGUGCUGGUUGGAGUUAGCAAUAUUAUAAUGUUAUUGUUCUUGGCAUUGGUGUGGUACAAGAAGCUGUGGAUUAUGUUCAUUAGCAAGACGGAGUCAUCGACACCAAAGCAAAAAGUCAGUAAAUGGUUCUAUAAACUUUCAGAUGGCAUUCAAAGCAAAGUCAUUGCGCGCAGCGCCAUGUAUUUAGUGAUACUUAUUCUGAAUUCAAGUGGCAUUCUGUUGCAAAUGAUAGAUAGCAAUAACAGUAACGAGGGGGUUGCAGUUGAUAAUAUCAAAGAUGAAAUUUAUUCCUUCAAUGCUUGGGCCGUCACAGAAUCCUUCAUGCUGAGCAUAUGCAUAACCUUCCUAUUCACACGUAUUCCGUUUAUUCUCAAAUUGAGUGUUGGAGUUUUCACGCUAAUUUUUUAUACAGUCCUUGUAACACUUUCAUAUAGGUUCGUCUAUGGUCAGAGCCUUAAAACUAAUGAUCAUCUAUAUCCAGAAUGUUCGCAUAUAUUUGUGAUGUGCAUAACAUUGGGAAUAUUCCAGCUUAUGGAUAGGCAAUCGGAGUUCAUUGCAAAAGUUGAUUAUAACUGGAAACGUCAGUUAUUAAAAAAGCAGGACGAUGCUAAAGUUACGAACGAGACCAUUUCCAUUCUAAUUAACAAUAUUUUACCAUCGCACGUCGCUGAUAUUUAUAUGUCACGACAAAUGACGAGUGAACUCUACUAUGAAGUGUAUGAUAAUGUUGCCGUUAUGUUUGCAACAAUUCGAAAUUAUGACACAGAGCAAGUGGGCAUACGAGUUUUGAAUGAGAUUAUUUGCGACUUUGACGAAGUGUUGAGCACUUAUAGAGGCGCGAGAAAGAUAGAAAAAAUUAAAGUAGCCGGUUGGACAUAUAUGGCAGCUUGUGGUCUGGAUCCAAAGCGGUCAGAGCACCGCAAAACUCAAACAGCUUACCGCAGCUCCUCGCUGCUGCCCAAUGGACGGAGAAGUCACUAUUGUAGCAGACAGCUUGAUAUUGAGGAAGAGCCACAAGGCGAGGAAGAAUUGCCUACAACAAGUAGCCAAUGCGAUUUACAAUACAUACGACUGCAAGAGUACGAGGGUCACAAUAAGAACAAUUCUAAAUCGGAGGAGUAUAAUGAUGUAGUAUUUGUCAUGCUAGAGUUCGCCUUGGAACUGAUGCGAACAAUGCGGUCUUUCAACAUCGAGAACUUGCAAUGCGAAAAUAAUGAUGCGGACACAGGUGCCUUGCGUAUUGGUAUCUCAAAUGGUCCUGUGAUGGCGGGCGUCGUGGGCUCCUAUAAGCCCCAUUAUGACAUCUGGGGAAAUGCCGUGAAUAUGGCUUCGCGUAUGGAUUCAACGGGUAAAGCUGGUGUCAUACAAGUCACUGAGAAUACUGCAAAAAUAUUAAAAUCUUACAAUGUGAAGUGUACUUAUCGAGGUUAUACAUUUGUAAAAGGGCGUGGGCACAUUCCUACGUAUUUUGUUAAUGUUGACGAGUCUUUAAAUUUCGUACGCAUUGAUGAAAAUAUAAAAUAAAUUGUUUAUUAGCAGUGCGCCA